CAGUAUUCACCUUGGGUCGUCGGAGAACCAACUCCGAUUUUACCAUCUCCAGGAAUUCAACCCACUGUUCCUCUUUCUUCCACUGAACUUUCUCCUUUUCAACAUGAACCAUCUCCACAAGCUGGUCCUUCUACUCAACCUGUUCCUGCUCAACAAAACUUUACUAACACUGUCGUUACUCUUCCCGAAGGUGAUCAAAAUGCUGCCAUCAUGACUCAACCUUCUCGUCAACGGGUCGUUCUCACCAUUGCUCCUCCUACUCAUACAACUUCUCGUUUUAAUGUGCUCCCACCUGGUUUCUAUCACCAACGUACUGUCUUCUUUUACUACUUUACUGGCUUUUUUACUGGCGAUGGUAACCACACUACCGAAGGAUCUCGUGUUGGUAUCGGUCUUCGAUCCACUGAAUUGCCAUUCCUAAUGGAUCUACUCAAAACAGCCGGUGUUCAAGGAAUCAAGUUAACAUUCACCCCGCAUACCAGUAUUGGCCCUGGCUUGCAAUUGAACGCAGGAUUUUUCGGAACCAUCCGGUGGGAAGUAGGCGAUCGGGAGUUUGCUGCUUUUUGGGAGACAACUGGAUUGCCAAGUUCCAAGGUUUUGACAUCAAACGCUGAAUUGCUACAAACUUUUAUCCCUCAAGACGACCAUCGUCAAAGGAAUUUCAUGGUAUGGCUCUUGGGUUUUAUACAUGCUGACGGCCACGUGGCAACUCGUUGGAAGAACACCUAUACCGAUCCUCAAUUGCAAUUGGAUUACAUUCAACUCGCUGCUCGUGAUGAAGGAAUUCUGGUAUGGGUAAAGCAAAUGCUCAGCACCUUUGGGGGACACUCGGCGGCCAUUCUUUACAAGGAAGAAGCCAAACUGUACACAAUGAAACUAAGCGGCCAGAUGAAUGAAGGUCUUUUCAAGAUCGGCAUUACUGCUCUUCAAGAACAAGAUGUGACUCUUUUUGGCAAGAUCAGGUUAUUGCACGAAUGCAUCCAGCGUGGACGACUUCCAGAGAGCGUAAUUCAUCGUGGCCUUGGUAUGAGACAAUCCUUUACUGAUUUUUUGAAUGUCUUUGCUGGCAACCCUCUCUACGCCGUCAUCGCCCAGGACUUUUAUUAUUUGAACGUGUACCAAGUAAAUGAACUCCUGGAGGUGUUUGGUAUGGAGCCUGUGAACUCGAUCUGGGCAUUCAAUUUGGAACUCUUUGUUCAAACAUUGGAAGCUGUGGAAUUGGGUCUAGAUUCAACCUUGGAACAAGUUCUCUCAAAAUCCUACUUGGAGCACGCAAGAAUAAGGAUGUUGACUACCAAGCCGAAUAUUAAAGACAAGAUCUAUGCUCAUGCCUUUGUGCGCUGCGAUACUUGUCAGCACGAAUUGACCAGGGAAAACUUUACCAUACACCAUCGACCGGAUUUUGGACAUCAAACGUUCACCAAUUUGCCGAUGGUCAUCAAUCAGGUUCCAGCCAGUCAUGUUAUCGAACUUAGACCGCCUGUAGUUCACUACCAGAAAAACGACGAAGGUCGAUACAUGUGCGAUCGGUGUGAUGCCACUUUUGCAUUUCAGAGCGCUGUGAGAAAUCAUGUCAACAAUAUUCAUCUGAAACUUCGUCCUCAUAUCUGCGAUGUUUGUCAUGUCAGUUUUGCUACUGCCGGAUCCCUGAGACGUCACAACCUCUCAAGAACUCACCAGGCCAACGCCGCUUUGCAAGAACAACAGCAACAGCAAGCCCAACAACAAGCUCAUCAAGCCUUAGGUCAAGAACAUCAAGAGCAACAAGAACAACAAGAAUGAAUGGAUUGCUUGUGGCUUUACUGUUUUCUUUCAUCACUUUACUUUCUUCAAAUCUUUAUUUUUUUUAUAUCUCUUAGUUUACCUUCUUUA